CCUUCCCGUAAUUGUUUCCAAAAAAAGAAAAAGAAAAGAAAGACGGGAAGUGGGAGCACAGCUGUCUGGGAAGAGGAGGGCUGCUGUGGCGAGAGGAGAGCCGUGGCGGUGGCCCCGUAGCCAGGGGGAAAGGAGGCGAGAGUUCGGGCUUCUCCGGCGGAAGGUCCCGUUACACCGGAAAAAGAAUAGAUCAGAGUUCAGCAGAGAUGUAUAGAGCAGAGAGAAGAGCCUAAACCUACCUCUUCUGGAUGCUGCAAGAUAUGUGAAGAUCUUGAAUCUGUGCCUACGUCACUUCUGCUGAAGAACCGCAGUUUCGCUGGAGAAUAAGGUGGAAUAGGAGAGCAACGGCUGCAAAAAAAAAAAGACCCCACAAAAUACCCAAGGUGAAGUAGUGGUGACCUGCCGUGACAGGAGAAAAAAAUAUAUCUAUCAACAGUACACCUAUUGUUCAGUGAAGCAGCCAAGUGAAAGAAGCUGGCAAGGUGGAAAAGGAAGGCGUUUCAGCAAUUUACACAAAUAAUAUUUUUGACAGUUGCCUGGCUCCCCGCCGUUCAAAUGAGUGACUUCUAAUGAAAUAAUUUUCAUGAAAAAGUGAUCUUGCCUUACCUAGGCCUUUUGUUCAUUUAAGGUUUCUCUUCCCACACAGCGAAAGACGUGUAUUUGACACUGCUAAUAAUUUUCUCUCAAUCUGCCUGGGUGGCAAAGAGAAGAUUACAAUUGUUUGUUUUAUGAAAGCUUUGGAGGGAGAAAUUAGCAAAGGAGAUUUUGAAGCCAGAUAGAUAGGUAUUUUCUUUUAAGGGAAGAGAAGGAAAAGCCUGUUUUUCAAUUGCUCAAGGACGCAAGGAGUGCUAUUCCUUUGAACAAUAGAGGUAAUUAAGCCGCAUAUUGUUGCCUCAACAAAGCAAAGCAAAGAAUCCUCGAGGCGUCCACUUUCCUGUCCCUCUGUCGUGGCCGUUUCACUUGGGCACCCAGGCGAAGGACGCCACAGGUCAGCAUGCUCCCCAUCAAGAAGAAGAGCCUGAAGAUGUUUGUGCUUGCCUUACUUUUCGUCAUCACCAUCACCUCGUUCUUGCUGAACUACACGAACAAUGUCGUCAUGGUCACCUGGGACCCCAAGCACAUGGUUUACCAGUUUUCGGAACAGUUUAAGAAACUGCUGAAAUACUCCAGGAGGCCGUGCAGCUGUAGCACUUGCAUUUCCGAACAAGAGGUCUCGGCCUGGUUCGACGACAGGUUUAACCAAACUAUGCAACCUUUCUUGACCUCACGGAAUGCCUUCAUACCCGAAGAGAGCUAUAAAUGGUGGCUGAAACUACAAGGAGAAAGAAGCCCCAAGGGUAUUAAUGAGACCAUUCAGGAGCUGUUUGAGAUCAUUCCUGGAGAUGGGGAACCGUUUUUGGAAAGAAGCAGUUCACGGUGCAGGAGGUGUGCCGUGGUGGGGAAUUCGGGUAACCUUAAGCAAUCGCAGUAUGGCCAAGAGAUUGACAGCCAUGACUUGGUGUUCAGGAUGAACAAAGCCCCGACGGCUGGCUUUGAGUUGGAUGUCGGCAGCAAAACAACUCACCACUUUGUCUACCCAGAAAGCUACAGAGAGCUGUCAGGGAACGUCAGCAUGGUCCUCAUCCCGUUCAAGAUCUUGGACCUGCGCUGGGUGGUUAGUGCCCUCACCAACGGUACCAUCAACCGCACGUAUAUUCCAGUUGUACGUAAAAUCAAAGCCAACAAAGACAAGAUCCUGGUUUAUCACCCCCGCUUUAUGAAAUACGUUUAUGACGACUGGCUGCAACAUCAUGGGCGAUACCCCUCAACAGGCUUUCUAUCAAUUAUAUUUGCCCUUCAUAUUUGUGAUGAGGUGGAUCUGUAUGGUUUUGGGGCAGACAGCAAAGGGAACUGGCAUCACUACUGGGAAAACAACCCAUCCGCAGGGGCUUUCCGACAGACAGGCGUCCACGAUGGGGAUUUUGAAUCAAACGUAACGUUGACGCUGGCCUCGGUUGACAAAAUACGCAUCUUCAAGGGGAGAUGACCCCGGUUACAGGGUGCAUUGUGAUGUCCAGCUACAGCGAUGACACAUCUAUUUGUAAAAAUGAAGGAGGCCUUGGAGCAGACUCUAUCUUGCACCUCAGAUGGGUUGGAAUUAUCAAGCGACGUCGGCUGGCACCGUGUAUCAAUGCUAGAUUUCUUUGCCGACCUUUCAAGAAUGCGGGAGAAUCCCUCCAAAUUGGCGACGGGAAAGGGACAUUUAUGCUUCUUGACUGUCCCUCUGUGACAUGUCUCAACCCUGAAAUCUUGCCUCUUGCUAGUUAAAUGGAAAGAAUGAUUGACUACGUAUCUUGGGUUUUUUUAUGAGGGAAAACACAGCAGAAGAGAUGCAAAACAGAAAAACAGAAGAAAAGAAAACCCAGUUUGCAGAGUUCCCAUCCUGACACCAGUGGAUAGGGAACACACUCUUGAUUCAAGAUUACCUCAUAGGAACCUAUUCCGUUCUCAGUCUUUUUUCUGAAGCAUCCUUACAGAGCCUCCUGGCUCCCAAUCUCUUUUACGAACAACUGUUAAAUUUGUCUCCAGUGGGCAAAAUUGGCACCAGCCUGUGUUUGCCAGCAUCUGGAAAAAAAUUGAAUGAAACGCUUCCAUUUUCCAGCUAUUAUUACGAUUAUUGUGUGAAGCAUAUUAUUGUUCUUCAUAGCCAUAAAAAAAGGAGGGAGGUGGGGUGGGGGUCGCAAAUGAAAAUGAAGUAGUCACUAUUGUUUACCUUUUAAAAAAUGUCCUUCUGACUGCUACUCAGCUCAGCCCUCUGCCAUAAAGCAGAGAAUUCUCCUGGAGCUAUUUUUAUAUCCAUAUCUAUAUAUCUGUCAUUGACAUGUGCCUUUCUAAAAUAGCUGGAAUAUAAUGGAGGGGUAGUUUGCUGUUUGGCUCCCUCAAAGACUGAAAUCCCUCGAUUAAACUUUUUAUAUGGAAAUAACCGACCAAAGUUCAAUUCCGCUCACAAUAUAGUUUUGUAUUGACAGCUUUCUUCAGUCUACUUGAAAUGUUCACCAACAACAGUCUUUUUUCUUUCCUUUCCUUUUUUGUAGAGGUAAACAUCUUUGCCUUAUUUUAAAGAACAUUUCUUUAAAAAUGAUAAUCAAAAAAGAGACUUUUGCUUCUAUUUUUUACAGCUGUGGUAGACAAUUCCUAUAGAAAAGAUAUUGAGGCAGAAGGAAAGGGUCCCUGCGGUGAGGUGUGAACCAUAGGGCAUGGUUCAGGGACAGCAUGUAAACCUGUUGUGUUCAGAUUCAAGAAGGAUAUCCAUACCAAGGGAAAGGGGAUUACCUGGGAGAAAGCUUCAUUGAACUUAAUUGUGCUUACUUUGGUGUAGAGAUGUAUAGGAUUGUGCUGUAGGUAACCCUAUAAAGAAUGAAAAGAAGAAUUGAUAAUCAACCGCCUGCAAGGGAAGAAAUAGCUGCAAUAGGAAACAGCCUGACAGAAAUCUAGAACAUUCUAGAAAACGUUACCUCGAGGAAAAUACGUUAUGUUGAGGAGGGGGGGAGAGAAGUAAUUAGGAAGGCAGUACAAAAGUAAUUAAUCAUGAUGAUGUUAAGAAUCAUAGAAUAGAAGAGUUGGAAGGGGCCUAUAAGGCCAUCGAGUCCAACCCCCUCUCAAUGCAGGAAUCCACCCUAAAGCACACCUGACAGAUGGUUGUCCCGCUGCCUUUUGAAGGCCUCCAGUGUGGGAGAGCCCACAACCUCUCUAGGUAACUGAUUCCAUUGUCGUACUGCUCUAACAGUCAGGAAGUUUUUCCUGAUGUCCAGCCGGAAUCUGACUUCCUGUAACUUCAGCCCAUUAUUCCGUGUCCUGCACUCUGGGAGGAUCGAGAAGAGAUCCUGGCCCUCCUCUGUGUGACAACCUUUUAAGAAUUUGAAGACUGCUAUCAUGUCUCCCCUCAAUCUUAUCUUCUCCAGGCUAAACAUGCCCAGUUCUUUCAGUCUCUCUUCAUAGGGCUUUGUUUCCAGACACGCUCCACCUUGUCUGCAUCGUUCUUGAAGUGUGAUGCCCAGAACUGGACGCAGUACUCAAGAUGAGGCCUAACCAUGGCUGAAUAGAGAGGAACCAGUACCUCACAUGAUUUGGAAGCUAUACUUCUAUUAAUGCAGCCCCAAAUAGCAUUUGCUAUUUUUGCAGCCACAUCACGCUGUUGGCUCAGUGUGGCUGUGGCUGUGUAACACAUUCAAGAAAAUUGAAAUGGAUGAAAUUACUUUAGAGGUUACCUCAUGUAACUAGACAUGGGACCCAGGGAGAAUGUAUGAUCAGAGUGUGUCUUCACAUACAUUCUUCCUAAUAACUAGACGGUUGAGACCCCUCUUUUAAAAAUAGGAAUGGGGAUAAAUUCAUUCAGUUUGCUUUUUAAGGCAAACUCACCUAAUUUUGCACCUUCAAACCACUAUGCCCACCGAACCCCAGUUAUCCUUCGAAAUUCAGAACUUCUCUGAAUUUUACCAUGGAGUUCUCCAAUCAAAAAAUCCGUACACAGAUGCAUAUAUUAGGAAUGCAUUAUUUUAGGAAUAUUGUUUGCCAAAAAUGUUAUAUAAGGCAAAAUGCAUACAGAAAUGUAUGUAUUGAGAGAGAUGUGUACAAAAUGCUUAGGGAUGUUCAUGCAAUUUUUUUAUUAUUAUUUUUAAAAUGAGUAUGGGACACACCAAAUUUAAGAUGGCCAAUUCCCAAAGUUCAAGUCGAAACAAAGUUAUGAUUCAAAAAAUGGGAAGUUGAAAGAAACCAGACAUGACAGAUUCGUCCAUCCCUAUUUUUAAAAGAGUAUAUAAAUUGUUAUUUUAAAAUGAGAAAUAAGCCUUUCUAGAAGAUUUCUUUGAAAAAAAUUAUGUCAUAUUUUUCCCCUUCUUGGAGUCAAGCUAUACACUAUAAUAAAUACAAUUGUUGUUUUUUUAAAAGCUGCUUCAAUUGGCCAAUAUACGACAGGGAGCAUUGAUGCAGGGAGCAUGUUCUGGAUUGUGGCCCUACGGUUGCUUCCUCCCCACCUUCAAAACAGGUGGCCAGUUUAAGCAUGGCGUUUAAAAGCCUGUAAUGCAAGUGAAUUAAGUCCAUGCCCUUAAUACAAAACUUCUUUAAAUCAGUGUGGCAAGGCUAUUGGGUGGGUCCAGACUGAGCUAUAGGGAAAGUAGACCCAUUGAAAUCAGUGGGGCAUGACUAAUUUAAGUCUCAUUGGGUAAAAUCCAAUGUAAGUCCUACUUAGAGUAGACCCAUUGAAACGACCAUGUUUUCAGGUAGCCGUGAUUAACAGCUCCCAUUCGUUUCAGUGGGUCUACUCUAAGUAGGACUUACAUUGAAUUUUACCCAUGAUUUUAAUGGGUCUACUUUAAGUCUGGAUCUGACCCAAGAGGCCUGUUCAGACAGCACACCAUGGUUAAGCUGCUAACUCUUUUGCAGCAAAUGGUUAGUGAGUGUGUUUAUACCAUGGUUACGUAGCCACCACAGUGAGGAAUGGUUCACACAACACGCUAAGCCAAAGUGUUUAGCUCAAAAUGCUUAACCAUUUAAUGUGGCUUAGCGUGUCAUCCAAACGGGAUCAUUGUCUGGAUUGUUUAGCUUCUGAGAGAGGGUUGCCAACUUUUUCUUAGCCUCUGCUGCUGUGCCUUGAACAGCAACUUGAUCUGUAGACAUGAGCAAGUGAUUAUGCUAUUAUUAUUUUUUCCUGCCAAGCAUAUAGUACUGGGGAUCAGCUCCCCCACUUGGAUUCUUCCUGACUUAGCACAAGUCGCUGCUUAUUUGAUUUUCUCUAUGUAAUGGUGGUAUCUGUGGUAUUAUUAGCUUAAAGGAAAAAAUAUAUAAGAACUUCUGAACAAUUGUUUCGAAAUCAAAGUAGGAGUGCUUUGGCUGUGGAGUUUUCCUCUCUCCUUGGCGUUCUUUGUGUAAGAGAGUGUGUGUGUGUUAUUUUAUACCAGCUUUCCCCAAACUGGCACCCUCCAGAUGUGUUGGAGUGCAAGUCCCAUCAUCCCUAGCCAGCAUGUCUGGGGAUGCUGAGAGUUGUAGUCCAACACAUCUGGAGAGUGCCAGGUUGAGGCAGGCUGCCUGAAGCUUGUUAUUCCAACAUGUGAAUUUACAACAGUGCAAGAAUCCAAGCAAAGAAAGCCUUGUCCUGUUGAAUGGUUGCCUGCUACCUGCAGCAUCCAUACUUACACAGGGAGUGAAUUUUAUCCCUUAGCUGAAAGAAAAACCCAAACAGCUUUUCCUUGUACCUCUUAAGUGGCAAAGCCAGCAUUUCCCACAGAUCUGGGGCCAUGGGUGUCCUGAUUAAAAGUGGUGGCAUGUGCCACAUGCAAAACCUCAUGUAUUUAUUGAUCAGUUCCCAGUGCAGGCAUUCCUUCUUGGAACUGUAGGAUAGCUGAUUUAAUACUGACUCCUUGGGCUCCAUCUUCCCUUUUUCCAGUCAGUCAAAGCUCCAGGAUGGGACGGAGCCCUCUAGGCUGUGGGUGUCUUUCCAGAAUUCUCUUCAUAGAAUCAUAGAAUAGUAGAGUUGGAAGGGGCCUAUAAGGCCAUCAAGUCUAACCUCCUGCUCAAUGCAGGAAUCCAUCUCAAAGCAUACCUGACAGAUGGCUGUCCAGCUGCCUCUUGAAGGCCUCUCGUGUGGGAGAGCCUCCAACCUCCCUAGGUAACUGGUUCCAUUGUGGUACUGCUCUAACAGUCAGGAAGUUUUUCGUGAUGCCCAGCCGGAAUCUGGCUUCCUGUAACUUGAGCCCAUUAUUCCGUGUCCUGCACUCUGGGAGGAUCGAGAAAAGAUCCUGGCCCUCCUCCGUGUGACAACCUUUUAAGUAUUUGAGGAGUGCUAUCAUGUCUCCCCUCAAUCUUCUCUUCUCCAGGUUAAACAUGUCCAGUUCUUUCAGUCUCUCCUCAUAGGGCUUUGUUUCCAGACCCGUGAUCAUCCUCAUUGCCCUCCUCUGAACACGCUCCAGCUUGUCUGCAUCCUUCUUGAAGUGUGGUGCCCAGAACUGGACGCAAUACUCAAGAUGAAGACUAACCAUUGUACCCAUCAUCUGUAUAGCACAGGCUGCAUCAGGGCCUCCUUCAUCCAAUCGUAGAACCAUGGAGUUGGAAGGGGCCAUUUAGGCCAGCGAGACCCUCCCUUGUCCAGUGCAAGAAUCUAGUUUAAAUAGGGUGACCAUAUGAAAAGGAGGACAGGGCUCCUGUAUCUUUAACGGUUGUAUUGAAAGGGGAAUAGUUCCUGCAGCUUUAACUAUUGUGAUGAAGAGGGAAUUUCACCAGGUUCUCCAUAUAUACAAAUGACACCUGCUGAAAUUCCCUUUUCAAUACAACGUUUAAAGAUACAGGAGCCCUGUCCUCCUUUUCAUAUGGUCACCAUAAUUUAAACCAUCCCUAACAGAUGGUUCUCCAGUCCUGCUUGAAUACCUUCAAUGAUGGAGAGUCCACCACCUUCCUAACCAGUUGGUUCCAUUGUGGGACCACACCAACGGUUAGGAAAUUUUUCCUGAUGUUCAACCGAUAUCUGCCUUCCUUCCCUGGAAUGUUUUCGCUGUCCCUAUAUUGGCUGAAGGUGGAACAUUGCUACACCUCACCUCUAAAGGGGUCCAUUGGCCACUCUAUGGGGCAGAGAAGGGUGGGUGCAUGCAAUAUGGUGGUUUGAUCUUUCACAGCUCACGUCUGACCCCCUUUGGGGCACAGCAUUUGGGAGUCACUGGGGGGAAUUGGUACAGCUUACAACCUUUCUUUGUCAGCUCUUGUGCCUCUGUACCCAUAAUCCUGCUCAAAAGAUGGCAACCUUUACCAAGCGGUAGCUAGAGAUUGUGAGCAACUAACGUGGAGAUAAUGGUGCAUAAUGCUUAGCACAGGGUUUAACGCCUGAGGUGUUUCUGUAUUUUAGUUUACGUAGCAAAUAAGUUUGCUACUUAAUUUAUUGAAAAUAAUUUAUUCUGCAUGGGGUAAGCAGAGGUCAGCAAGACUGAGUUCACAGUGAGGGGCUGGAUUUUUAAAAACCCUUUUGUGGGAUGAGGAAUCCCUCUUCCAGAGUUAUUUUUUACUGAAAGGCCAAUUAAAGGUGCUGUUGGGGUAGAGGGUGAGCAGUGCACAAGUCCUAUUUAAAGGUGUUGUUGUUGUUUUAAUAUACUCACAAAGACCCAAUAUAAUAUAUAUAUUGGCCCUUACUCAUAAUGCAGCUUUAGCGUCUGGAUUUUUGCUGCCCAUGCAAGUGUUAAAGACGCAGGAGUACCUGGCAAUUAGAAAUGCAAAGAAACAUGAAUUGAUCUUCAUGUGUUGUGGAUUGUUGGCUUGUCCCAAAGAACAGCUCCUUCCACUAAGGAUGUUUUGCUUUCCGCUGCUGUUUAAAGCUCCCCUGAGAGUACAAAGCAGUUUGCAACGCAGCCUCAAGUGGAGGCUACCGUUGUCAACUUUUUCAACCCACGCCGCGCCUCUGCCUUCUAGCAGCAGCUUUGGGUACAGAAAUAGACCAUGUGAAGAUUUUCCUGAGAUGCAAAUGAAGCAUUGGAGGGAGAAGGAAGCGUCACCACUUAAAUUUAUGUCAUGUCAAGUGGCUGUUAAAGAGACAGUAGCAGGGAGGAGAAGGAGAAGAAGAAAGUCAACUCUCAAAGCCUACAAUAGUAGAAUUGCUUGUUAGUUGGCCUUGGAGUAAAUGGCUUCGGGACAAUGCCCUUGGUGAGCGUUUGGCUCCAUUGGCCCAUUGUAAAAUUUGGAUGAACUUUGUCCUUCCAGUAUAGGGUUAAUAUAAUAAGGAAAGCAUUGAAGCAAAUGAGGUGGUUAAGGGCUGUGAUAUACUCUGUCUGCCUUGCUGUGAUGGGGUUGCUAGCUUUUUUACGUACUCAUGCCUUGGUGCUUUUAAAAACACCUUGCACCGCAGAAAUUAGCUGGAGAUAACACUUCUUUCCCUGCUGUGAAAUGCUUCAUCUCCCAACUUCUGCAGAACAAGUAUCUGUUAAAGGCACAGGAGCAGGCCUAGGCAUUUUUUUCUGUACAGUUGGCAACCUUAAUCACAUAGGGUGACCCCAUGGAAAGGUGGACAAGGCUCCUAUAUCUUCAACAGUUGAAUUUCAGCAGCUGUCAUUUGUAUCAUGCAGCACCUGUUGAAAUUUCCUCAUCAUCACAACAGUUGAAGCUGCAGGAGCCCUGCCCUCUUUUGUAUCUGGUCACUCUAGCUAAAGAGGACAUUUCCCCAGGUGCUGCAUGCAUGCAAAAGACGCCUGCUGAAAUUCCCUUUUCUAUGCAACUGUUAAAGAUGCAGGAGCCCGGUCCUCCUUUCCAAGUGGUCACCCUAAAUCUCAGAACUAUCAUCUGAGAGCAAGGUGGGGGCAAUCCAGUUGUAGUACCGGCAGCACUUCUAUCAGGUCCAGUUCUGUUCCUCAAAACUCAGAUGCAGAAGGUCCUGGAUUCAAUCCUGGGUGUGUCUGCGGAGGGCAGCGGGAUGGGGGACAUUGUUUAAAACUCUGGAAAGCGGCUGCCAGUUAGUGUUGAAUCAGCAGUGCACUGGGGUGGGGGCACCUGGUACCCACCCCAAGUGGCCCCCAGAUCUUUUCCUAUGUUCUUACUGGCAUUCACAUUUACUUCUUUGUAUGAACUGAAAUUAUAAGGCCGGAUUUCACAAACUUGGCCCGUGUUUCUUACCAAUGCAAUUGAUCGAUUAAGUAUUUAUUUGUGUGUGUGUGUGUGUGUGUGUUUUGAGCCAAACCAAAUCUGUUGAAACACUUGUCUCUAGAAGAGUUGUCUCCUUUUCUUCUUCUUUUUAAUCUUAUACUACUGUUUUUAUGAUGAUCGCUCUUUCCAAAUGAAGGAUCACUUGUUUUUUCGGUGACAGCGUAUUUAUUGCUCACGUUUUCGAGAGGAUACAAAUGAUUUGAAAAUAAAUUUUUGUAUUGUAACAA